CCCUGGGAUCGAAAUAAUCCGUGCCCACUGAUUUGCGGAUUUCCACAACACUCUUUGCGCGGUGAUUUCGCAGCCACCACCAUCACAUUUCCGCAAUCAUGUCGUACACUCCUCCAGGACCCGCCAUCGCCUACAAUGGCACUGGCCUCACUGGUGGUAACUCUGCCACCGAGAACCUCAACGUCUACUAUGAUCCGGGUGACCAGGCAUACAUCAUCGUCGCUUCGGCGAUGGUGCUCAUCAUGGUUCCUGGUCUCGGUUUCCUAUACUCUGGUCUCGCUCGGAGAAAGUCCGCGCUCAGCAUGAUCUGGGCUUGUAUGGCCUCCUGCUCCGUCAUCACAUUCCAAUGGUACUUCUGGGGUUACUCGCUCGCGUUCAACCCCAAUGCGACCAGCGGCUUCAUCGGCAACCUCGAAUCUUUCGGUCUCAUGAACGUCCUCGGCAUGCCCAGCCCCGGUAGCCCAUUGAUCCCCGAGCUUCUCUACGCCUUCUACCAGAUGCAAUUCUGCGCCGUCACUGCUGCCAUUGUCGUCGGAGCCAUCGCCGAACGCGGUCGCCUCAUUCCCGCCAUGGUCUUCAUCUUCUUCUGGGCCACUCUCGUCUACUGCCCGGUCGCCUGCUGGGUCUGGAACGUCAGCGGAUGGGGUUUCAAAUAUGGCGUGUUGGACUACGCCGGUGGUGGACCCGUCGAGAUCGUCUCGGGCAUGUCGGCGCUUGCAUACUCCAUGGUUCUCGGUCGCCGUCAAGAGAAGAUGAUGUUGAACUUCCGUCCCCACAACGUCUCCCUCAUCACACUUGGCACCAUCCUCCUGUGGUUCGGAUGGCUUGGAUUCAACGGUGGUUCGGCCUUCGGUGCUAACCUCCGUGCUGUCAUGGCUUGCUGGAACUCCAACUUGACCGCCAUGUUCGGCGCUGCGACCUGGGUCAUCCUCGAUUGGCGCUUGGCCCGCAAGUGGUCUAUGGUCGGUUGGUGUUCCGGUGCCAUUUCCGGUCUCGUCGCUGCCACACCCGCCUCCGGUUUCAUCACCCCCUGGGCGUCUGUCGCACUCGGCAUCGUCACCGGUCUCUGCUGCAAUUUCGCCACCAAGAUCAAGUACUGGAUCAAGAUCGACGAUGCCAUGGAUGUGUUCGCUGAGCACGGUGUCGCUGGUAUGAUCGGUCUUCUCUUCAACGCCAUCUUCGCCGCCGACUACAUCAUCGGCCUGGACGGUGUCAACUUCAGCCCUGACCAGAGCAAUUCGACCUUCUGGGGAGGCUGGAUCCAGCACGGUUGGUGGCGCCUCUACGUGCAGGUCGCCUACAUCGUCGCCUGCACCGCCUACGCCUUCGUCGUCAGCGCCCUCAUCGCCUACCUGAUCAACCUCGUUCCCGGUCUCCAUCUGCGCGCCAGCGAGGAGGCCGAACUCCUUGGUAUGGACGACGACCAGCUCGGCGAGUUCGCCUAUGACUACGUCGAAGUCCGCCGUGACUACCUCGCCUGGACCCCCAGCAAGACCGACCCGGAGAACCACGAGCACACCGUGCCUCAGGGCGAGCGCCACGGCAUUCCCCAGCACUCCGAGAUGCUCGAGGGCCGGGAGCCUUCGCACAACUCCGGCGACGACUCCUCCGGCGGCCACGCCCACACCGGUAUCGGUGGUGACCGUCACGGUAUCGCAUGGGAGGCCAAGGAGAAGCUGCGUCGCUCUAACCACUGAGUGUCACCGCCGCCGUCAUCUCCUUUGCUCCUAAAAUAGAAUAUUUCUC